AUGUUGCACGCUGCUCUCUAUCUGGUGCCGUGGGCCCUCCUUGUGCUGCCGUCCUUGGCGGACCCUAUUACGAGCUGGAACAAUGUGACAGGCAAUGCCAAUGUGACCUUCCCUACGGCUGUAGGCAACACAGGCGACGUGGCGCCAGGGGCCCUGCCGUUCAAAGUUCAAGUCGACAAACUCAAUUCGACUACAUUCCAGAAAGUGUAUGCACCUGAAAUGCGCUGGCUCCCACGCGACGCUGAGAAGGAUAAUGCAACGUCGGACGAUAUCUUUGCGAACCUUGGCGCGUACACGCCAUGGCGUCCUGCCGACGGGCUGUUCCCAGAGACGGAAGCCUACAAACCCUUGCCGGAUCAGUGCACCAUGAAGCAAGUACAUCUUCUAGUUCGUCAUGGCGCACGCUACCCAACGGACGGAAUGGAUGAAGGCCCAGGUACGAUCGGAGCGCUUGUGCUCAACAGUACGCGCAACAACACCUUUUCUGCGAAAGGCAAUAUGGCGUUCCUCAAUACGUGGAACUACAGUUUGGGCCAGGCGGUCUUGGUUCACCAAGGUGCACAGGAGCUUUUCGAUGCGGGUGUCAAGCACUACUAUGACUAUGCACGUCUGCUGCAGAAUGUGUCGAGCAAGCCUGUGAUCCGCACCACGAGCUCAAGCCGUGUGUUGGACUCAGCGCGGUACUGGACGCUGGGCUUCUUUGGCUGGGAUGCGGACCAGAAGAUGAACUUGGAAGUGAUCUCGGAGGCGGACAAAUACAACAACACACUGGAGCCCAAGUACGCAUGCCCGAACGGCAAAGCGUUUGCCUUCGGCGACAAAAUGCGACAGGAAUGGCAAAAGGUGUACUUGAAAGACGCUCUUGCACGCAUUCAGAACGAUACGAGCGGCGUCACAUGGACGAUCAGCGAUAUGGCCAACAUGAUCCAGCUGUGCCCGUACGAAACUGUGGGUAUGGGCUACUCAAACUUCUGCUCGAUCUUCACGAAAAGUGAAUGGGAGGGAUACGAAUACGACAUGGAUCUCAAGUUCCAGGGCAACAGCGGCUUUAUGAACCCUACAUCCAAAGCAAUGGGCAUGGGCUACGUCCAGGACUUCCUGGCGCGCGUCACAAAGCACGCUUUGCAGGUGCCCUCAGCAGAGCAGAACAAGACGCUCGAGCGGAACACGACGUACUUCCCACUCGAUCAGCCUCUGUAUGCCGACUUUUCGCAUGACACGGUUAUGGUCAACAUCCUCACGAGCUUCAACAUCACCCAGCUCGCUGACCAGAUGAACAGCACAAGCCCUGAUCCUACACGUCGCUUCCGCGCAAGUCAUAUUGUGCCUUUUGGCUCUCGAUUUGCAUUUGAGAUUAUGGAGUGUGAUAAGGGAGAGCAGUACAUUCGCGUGAAGAUCAAUGAGGCUAUUGUGCCCCUGAAUGAGGGCCAGGGCUGUGAACCGCGAGUGGAUGGUCUCUGCAAGCUUCAGGACUUUGUGUCACACUUGCAGAAGGCCAUGUCAUCCAUUCCCUUUGCGCUGACCUGCUACGGCAAGAAUGGCACAGACAUCGCAGUGACGCACACCGUAGAGCAUGGCAUGCUUACGCCCGAGCAGAUCCUAUCCAAUAACACAUCGUCGCGUACGUAG